AUGAAGUCUUUCCUGGCCUUUUAUUUUGUGUAUCUAACAAAUUUGGUAUGUUUAAAUCUGAUUAUUAUGGGCAAUUUCCCAAUAUUACUAGCAACUGAAAGUCCGGAUUUAUCAAGUAUUAUGGAACCAUUAGUAUCAGAACAAGGAAGUAUAUCUAUGAGUAGUCCUAGUGUAUUACACUUAGACUAUUCUGCAGAGUCUUCACUUUUAGAACAUGAACAUUCAGUUAUCCCUAGUACAAAUAUUCUUUUUAAUAUGUAUAGUAUUGAAUCUACAUUACCAUAUAUAAUAUCUUGUGGAAAAUGGUGUCCAAAAUUUGGAAUUUCUAGUAAACAUCUUUCAAAGAAAUUUAAUAAUUAUACAAAGUUGAUAUUGAAAGAGUAUAUAAUGAAAUCUAAUAUAUAUUCUUGGUUUUAUAGACUUUGGAGUGGUUCUUCUGUAUUAACAAGUCCAGUACUAAAAUUGAAUAGUCCAAGAGAAUUUUCGCGUAUAUAUGAGCUGUCAAAGAAAUAUCAUCAGAAAUCUAAAUUUAUAUCAGUUAUAAUAUUAGUAAAGGUAUAUACAAAACCAAUUUCUAAGACUGAUAUAGUAGAUGAUGAAGACCAAGAUAGUCAAAUAAAUAGUGAGGAUGAUAUAAUUAAACAAUCAGUUAAACAACUAUGCUCAAAAUUGAGAAAUAUGAAAAGAUCAUCAAUGAAGAGAUAUAAAAAAAAAAGUGAUAGAUUUCAAAAUAAAUCAUAUGAAAUGGAAGAAAAUAGCCUAGAUAAGGAUGAGUCUUUAAAAUAUCUAGAUUUACCACAAAUAUCAAAUGAUAAAUUUUCUCAUUUAUAUGUAAUUGAAGGAAAUGGUGUUACAUCAAAAUCUAUAAUGGUUAGAAUGUUGGCUAGAUUAACAACAACAUCAUGUUGGAACAAUGUCCCAACUGAUAAAGCCCAUAUAUUGUUUCCAAUAGUAAUAGGUGAUAUGCCAGUUCCAAAAUCUCGGGGUUUAAUUGGUGAAGUAUUUGAAAGAGAAAAUAUAUCUAAAUAUAAUAAAGAAAAGCAUAGACCAUUAGGAUUAAUGGCCUUAGAUUCUUUAAGAGAGGAUAAGAUGAAAAGAAGUAAGGAAGAUAAACCUUCUAUACAAACUGAAGAGAAUUCAACUGAUUCUAAAUUUGAGGAAUCUAAUGAAGAAAUAGUAGGAGAAUCUUUAGUUAAUAAUGAUUUAAAUAAUGAUUUAAAGAAUUCAUUAUUUAUUAGGUGGAUAAAGAUCUGUUCAGACUCGAAAACUUUAUAUGAAAAGUUAGAGAAGGAAGAAAAGGGAGUAUUUAUAAAUAUAUUAACUCAAAAACUUUUACAAUCAUCAUCAAUUGAUUUUGUUAAAAAAAUAGUAUCACAUGACUUUUUUUCUUUUUUCCCUCAAGAUUGUGAUUCUUCUUGGAAUUCGUUAAUAAAUUUGUUAAAUACUGAAAAUUUAUCCUCAGAAUUUUCUUCUAAUAAGAAUUUGAAUAGUGAAUUCAUUAUAAAUACAGUAAUUGAUACUGUGAGUGUUAUAAAUACGAUAAUAUUUAAAGAUAUAAAUAAAGAUGGUAAAGAUGAUGAAGAUAGUAAAAAUGAUAAAGAUAGUAAAGAAAAAGAUGACAAUACUUUAUCUGAUAUCUUAGGGACUGAAUCAGCUUUGGAAUCUAUUUAUCCUUCAGAAUUAUUUAGUAUAUUAUCCGCAGAUUCACCAGCUACUAGAUUAGAUUUAGCUAAAGUUAUGGAUAGCAUUUUAAUGAUUUUAGAAGAACUACCUGACUCAAGAAAAUCUAGAAUAGAAUUUCGUGAUAAAUUAGAUAGAUUAAAUUUAAGUGAUAAAGAAAAUACAAGAUACAUAAAUGGAGAGAUUUACCAAUUAUUUGAAGCUGUGGAUCAUGUAAAUAUGGUGUUUCAUUUAAUAAGAACUUUAAUAGUGGCAGAUAAUGUUCAAGAAUUACCUAUAAAUCCUUUAGAAAUCUUAGUAAUUGUUUGUAAUAAUGCAAAAUUAGUUCCUAAAGCAGAAUAUCUUAGAAAUAAGGAAUUUAAGAUACCAGAAAGAUCAGAUGAUUGCAAUCCCUUAUUAUAUCUUGGUGAAGAUCUAUUGCGAGAAGAUGUUGAUCAUGAUAUCAUGGAACCUUUACAGAAAUCUGCUAUUAAAUAUGUCAGUUUGAUACUAAAGCUUUCACAAUAUAAUAUUAAUACAGCAAAUAUUCAUAUUGCUAAUCUUGUUGCAAAGACAGAAAGACUUCUUGUACAAUCUAUACCAAUGGAACAGAAGAAAGCCUAUAUUUCACUCAGACUUGGAGAAAAAAUAAGAGUACUUCCAUUCAUUACUUUAGUAAAUGUUUCAUACUUACCAGAAAUUAAUUACAGUAGAAUUUCAUCUCUUUUAAAUGCUUAUAUUCCAAUAUUCCCAACUUACACUCUUACGGGAUUAUAUGGUGAUUUAGUAUUCCCAAAAUCUCCUAGUGCAAUAGCCAGGCAACUUGGUAUGCAAAUUUGUCUCUCAUUUUAUAAUCCUGCAGAGGAAUUAGAUCCUGUAUUUAUAGAUUUAUGUAAGGCUACCUGGAAUGAAUCAUUAGAUUUAAGUGAUUAUUUGAAGAAGGCUAAACUUUAUUGUAGUAAACUAGUCAGAAGUAUUGAUGAAAAUGAAGAAACUAAUUACUCAACAGAUAAAUUUAUGGGUAGUACAUCUUCCCAAUUAGUUUUUCUGCUUUGUGAAUAUUCUACCAAGAUUAUAGAUGGUUUUCAACAAAAUUUGGAUAAAUUAAGACCAUUAUCUAAAUCUUAUAUACCUCCAGAACUUGAUAUUAAAGCUCAAAAUAUCCUACAAUAUUGUCGAAACCAAAAUCCAUUGUUAGCACAAAUUAUUCAGAAUUUAUAUCCUAUUAAGAGGUGA